AUGUUGCAGAUGCCGAUCCUUAGAACAUCGCGAAGUGCCGAACGGAAAAGUCGGGCCCAACAUUCUGCAAGUCCUGCUAGACAUGAAGUCUUUCCAAGUCACCGUGAUCAGUCGCAAGUCGUCGAAUCUACAUACCAACAAGCUGUCAAGGUUGAACAGGUUGACGACUCGCUGCCCAAGGACCAGCUUGUCGAGGCACUGCGAGGUCAACAUGCGCUUGUCAUUGCAUUUUCGGGCUCCCAAACGCAAAACUCGAUCAAGCUCGCUGAUGCAGCGUUCGAGGCCGGCGUCAAACAUAUCGUCCCUGCAGACUAUGGAAGCUGUGAUAGUAGUGACCCCAGGUCGCUCGAGCUUGUACCAUUGUACAAGAGUAAGAAAGAGGUAAGGGACUAUUUGAUCGGGCUUUCGCAAAGAUCAAGGCCUGAUGGGAGCCAUUUGACGUGGACGAGUCUGAUUACUGGGCAUUUCUUCGACUAUGGGCUCAAGUCUGGACUGCUCGCUGUGGAUAUCAAGGAGCAUAAAGCGAGGGUAUUCGAUGGAGGGAAUAUUAGGUUCUCGGCAUCGACACUGGCGGAUAUCGGUCUGGCUACGGCAAAGGUCCUUGGGAGGGUGGGUGAUGCGAGGCUCAGCAACAAGCUGGUCAACGCGCACAGCGUGGCAACGACACAGAAUGAGCUGAUUGGGAAAGUGGAGGGUGCGGUGGGGCCAAAGUUCGAGGUCGAGCAGGUCUCGUCGAACGAGUAUAUCAAGGAGCAGAAAGGGCUGUUGGCGGGAGAUGGGAGUCAAGACAGUGCUGCGAUUGAAGAGCUGGUCUCCGUGGAGGGGAUUGUUAUGCAGAUUGGGAGGACAAAGGGGAUCUGCUCGUAA